UUAUUUUCCUAAAUCCAAGCAAAAUGCACUAAAAUUUUAUCCCACAAAUUCCUCAUCCUCACUCAAAAUUCCAACCCACAUGUUUACUUCAGUCCCAACUCCAUAAUCAGCCAAAAAGCAAUCUUUUUUGCCUCAUGAUUAUACAUUUCUUAUGCAGAACUUGUUCAGAUUGUUCUCAUGUAAGUUUUUGCAUAUAAAUUUACUUUCUUUUUUCCAUGGGUGUGAUUGUACUUAGCUCCUCAGCAAUUUGCUGCAAUAAUUUCAAUUGUGUAUCUGUUACUGAGACUAGACAAUCUACAAGUGGUAAUGGGUGGUUAAAUUGUGAUAAAAAUAGGAAAAAACAUGUGGGUUCUUCAAGAUUUGUAAUGAAAUGUUCCAAUGAUGUUGUGUUGGCUGGGAACUUGAAUUUUUUCCCAGGUGGGUCUGUGGUGAAUUGUGAUAAAAUUAGGAAAAAACAUGUGGGUUCUUCAAGAUUUGUUAUGAAAUGUUCCAGUGAUGUUGUGUUGGCUAGGAACUUUAAUUUUUCCCCAGGUGGGUCUUUGUUGAAUUGUAAUAAAAUUAGGAAAAAAUAUGUGGUUUUUUCAAGUUUUGUUAUGAAAUGUUCCAAUGAUGUUGUGUUGGUAAAUGGGAAACCUAGAAAUGGCAUAUCUGCUGAGGGAGUAUUGAGGAACUUGAGGUCGAUUUCGGAACCAACUGAGGCUUUAGCUUUGUUUAAAUCCGUAGCGGAGAUGCCUAGGGUUGUGCAUACGACAAAGACAUGUAAUUACAUGUUGGAGUUUUUGAGGGUUCUUGAAAGGAUUAAUGAUAUGGCGGUAGUGUUUGAUUUGAUGCAAAAACAGAUAAUAUAUAGGAGUUUGGAUACUUAUUUGAUUAUAUUCAAGGGUCUUCAUAUAAGGGGAGGGAUACGCGAAGCUCCGUUUGCCCUUGAAAGGAUGAAGAAAGCAGGGUUUGUGUUGAAUGCGUACUCGUACAAUGGGUUGAUUCAUUUGAUUCUUCAAGCAGGGUUUUGGCAGGAAGCUUUAAAGGUUUAUAGAAGGAUGAUUUCAGAAAAGCUUAAGCCUAGUCUUAAAACAUACUCUGCGCUAAUGGUUGCCUGUGGUAAAAGAAGGGAUACUGAAACAGUCAUGAGACUGUUAAGCGAGAUGGAGGGUCUGGGAUUAAGACCGAAUAUUUAUACUUUUACCAUUUGCAUUAGAGUGCUUGGAAGGGCUGGAAAGAUCGAUGAUGCUUGUGCUGUAUUAAAGAGAAUGGAUGAUGAAGGUUGUGCUCCAGAUGUUGUUACUUACACAGUCCUCAUUGAUUCUCUUUGCAUUGCUGGCAAGCUAGAUAUUGCUAAAGAAGUCUUUUUCAGGAUGAAAGAUGGGUGCCAAAAACCUGAUCGAGUGACUUACAUCACUUUGCUAGAUAGGCUUAGUGAUCGUGGUGACUUGGACUCUGUAAGGGACUUCUUGGACAGGAUGGAGGCUGAUGGUCAUAAAGCAGAUGUCGUCUCUUUUACCAUACUUGUUGAUGCUUUGUGCAAAGUAGGUAAGGUAAGUGAAGCAUUUGCUACAUUAGAUGUAAUGAAGGAAAAGGGGAUCUUACCGAAUCUUCAUACUUAUAAUUCAUUGAUUAGGGGCCUACUAAGAAAGAAGAGAGUUAAUGAAGCGUUGGAGCUGUUUGAUAGCAUGGAAUCUCUUGGAGUCGAGGUUACAGCUUACACGUAUAUCCUGUUUAUUGACUACUACGGAAAAUCAGGUGAGCCUGAUAAAGCACUUGAAACAUUUGAGAAGAUGAAAGCUCAUGGAAUCGUGCCUAACGUUGUUGCUUGCAAUGCAUCUUUGUAUAGUGUAGCAGAAAUGGGAAGGCUUGGAGAGGCGAAAAGGAUAUUUGAUGGAAUUAGAGAGAGUGGAUAUGUUCCAAAUUCUAUCACCUACAACAUGAUGAUGAAAUGCUAUAGUAAUGCAGGGAAAGUUGAUGAAGCCAUUAAAUUACUCUCCGAAAUGAUAGAAAGUGGUUGUGAUCCUGAUGUGAUUGUAGUCAAUUCAUUGAUCGACAUACUUUAUAAGGAUGGUCGGGCUAGUGAGGCGUGGGCAUUGUUUUACAGAUUGAAGGAUAUGAAACUGACUCCUACUGUUGUGACCUACAACACUUUACUGGCUGGAUUAGGAAAAGAGGGGAAGAUUCGAGAGGCCUAUGAGUUACUUGAUUGCAUGGCUCUUCACGGGUGUGCUCCAAACACAAUCACUUACAAUACACUUUUAGAUAGUCUUUGCAAGAAUGGUGAGGUUGACACGGCCUUGACAUUGCUUUAUCAAAUGACAGGACCAAAUUGCUUUCCGGAUGUUUUCAGUUAUAACACUGUAAUAUUUGGGUUGGCCAAAGAAAAAAGGGUAACCGAAGCAUUUUUGCUAUUCCAUCAGAUGAAGAAGAAAAUGUAUCCUGACUGUGUAACUGUAUAUGCUCUUCUACCUAUUCUUGUGAAAGACGGUUUAGUUGAGGAUGCUGUUAAGAUUGUGGACGGUUUUGUUAACCAGGCUUUGAUUAGGUCAGAUAGAUCCUUUUGGCUGCAACUGAUGGAAGGUGUUUUGGGUGAAGCUGAAUUAGAUCAUUCCAUUUCUUUCGCGGAAAAACUGGCAUCGUAUCAUAUUUGUAAAACUGACGUAAUAAUAGUGCCUGUUAUUAGAGUCCUUUGCAAGCGAAAGAAAGCCCUUGAUGCUCAUGAUCUUUUUGUUAAAUUCAAGAACAAAUUCGGUAUUCGUCCAACACUAAGAUCAUAUUAUCCCUUGGUUGAAGGACUUCUGAAUGUUAAUCUUAAAGAAUUGGCGUGGCAUCUUUUCAAGGAGAUGAAAAAUUCCGCCGGUUGUGCCCCAGAUGUUUAUACCUAUAAUUUGUUUCUUGAUGAACUUGGAAAGUCCGGGAAGGUUGAUGAACUUUUUGAGCUGUAUGAGGAGAUGCUCCACAGAGGAUGUAAGCCGGUCGCGAUAACUUACAAUAUUCUCAUUUCUGGUUUGGUGAAGUCUAAUAAAGUAGAGAGAGCAAUGGAUUUUUACUAUGAUCUUGUAAGUGUAGGGUUUACACCGACUCCUUGUACAUAUGGUCCUCUCAUAGAUGGGCUUUUGAAGGUUAAAAAUUUCGACAAAGCAAAGGACUUUUUCGAGGAAAUGGCGGAUUACGGAUGCAGACCGAAUUCCACUAUCUACAACAUUCUCAUAAAUGGAUUUGGGAAAGCUGGUGAUCUGAAAGCUGCAUGUGAUCUCUUUAACAGAAUGAAUAAAGAAGGAGUUAGACCCGAUUUGAAGACGUACACCAUUCUUGUAGAUUGUUUAUGCUCUGCCAGGAAGGUGGACGAUGCUUUGCACUACUUUGAGGAACUGAAAUCAGCUGGUCUUGAUCCUGAUUUGAUUUCUUACAACCUUAUGAUCAACGGUCUUGGGAAAUCUGGUAAAAUGAAGGAAGCGCUGCAUCUUCUUGAUGAGAUGAAAAGCAGAGGAAUCACCCCGAAUCUUUAUACCUAUAAUACCUUGAUAUUCAAUCUUGGGAUUGUUGGAAUGUUGGAGGAGGCCGGAAGGAUGUAUGAAGAACUUCAGCAACUCGGUCUUGAACCCGAUGUUUUUACUUAUAAUGCUCUUAUUAGAGGGUACAGCAAGUCUGGUGAUCCAGAUGGUGCAUAUGCCAUUUAUGAGAAAAUGAUGGUCGGGGGUUGUAGCCCAAAUAGUGGUACUUUUGCUCAACUACCUAAUUAACAGCGGACAUUUUAGGUUCUUCAAGUGAAGCUUGUGAGAGCGAGUUCCUAAACUCUGCAUUGGGGCUGCUAAGGGGUUACCUCUGCUGAUCGGACACUAUUUGGAGCUCGUAGAUGUGUCAGCAAGGUUCUUGGGGCGCGGCUGAACCUCAAAGUCUUUUGGAUUUCAUUUUAAGGUGCUCUAUAAAUCCGAAAACGUUGUCUAUAUAAAGUGUUAAUAUUUGGUUGUUGUAGGUUUAUACCUGUGCAGCUUGUAAGAAUGAGUGGGCAGUCUUAGCAUUAAGUGUAGCAUAUCUCUUAUGCUUGGUGAAUACAUGGUGCCUAUAUCUGUAGAUAAUUCAACCAUAUUUGAGGCAAAACUCUUUAUAAAGUUUUGAUUUGUUAUUCAAUUUACCAAGAAAUGUAGUGAUCUUCUUGUUGCUAAGAAAUGUUUUAAUUCAUUAUUUA